GUGAUGAAACGCGUCUCAUGUUCAGCGCUCUUCUUCACUGAUUCACACAAACCCAGUCCCUCACAGUCAGCGCAUGUGUUGUGUCUGUGUUUAUCUCAUCAUGUCAUAUUUGAUUUAAUGUAAUUAAGCGUCAUAUUUAAUGAUGGUGUCGUAUGUGGUGUCAGUGAGGUUCAUCAGCGGGUUUGUGUUCGGCGCUGGUUCCGGUAUCGCAGCUCUCAAACUGUACCUGUAUGAAGAAGAGAAAACAGACUCAGGAAGCUCCGUCCAUCGUAUCAUCGAGCGCUUCGGUCUUCCUCAAACCGGCGCCGAGACCAGAUUCUACAUCAACCACAUCUUAUCGUACGAUCAGAGCCGGCGGACGCCCAGAUGGGUGGCAGAACACCUGUCGGGUCAGAGGUUACAGGGUCAAGCCGACAGGAAACACUGCAAAUUCAAACCCGAUCCCAAGAUUCCCGAGCUCUUCACGGCCCGUAACGAGGACUACCUGCGCAGCGGCUGGUCACGAGGUCACAUGGCUCCUGCAGGAGACAACAAGAUCUCUGAGCAAGCGAUGGCCGAGACUUUCUAUCUGUCCAACAUCGUCCCUCAGAACUAUGAGAACAACGCCGGCUUCUGGAACAGGCUGGAGAUUUACUGCAGAGAUCUGACGCUGAGGUUCAGUGACGUGUGGCUGGUGUCUGGACCGCUGCUGCUGCCACAGGUGCGAGAGGAUGGGCGGAGGAUCGUCUCCUAUCAGCUGAUCGGAGAAGACGACGUUGCCGUUCCCACUCACCUGUACAAGGUGAUCCUCGCGCAGAAAGACUCGACUCUGGCUCUCGGGGCGUUCGUGGUCCCAAACGCUCCAGUCGGCUUCGAGCGUCCGCUGACGGACUUCCAGGUGAGCCUGUCUGAUUUAGAGCGCAUGUCCGGCCUGACGUUCUUCCCUGAAGUGGAUCGAGCCGAGCAGCUGAAGAACCUGUGUGACGUGGACUCGUGCCAGCUGAUGGACUUCACACAGUUCACGCUGUACAUCAGCGGCCGGAAGGUCAAGAGCGCCAGGACGCUCGCGCGGCUGGAGAAGGUCAUGACGGAGCUGAGGGACGCGGGAAUCACACCUGACGACUAUCUGACCAACCUUUACCUGGAGAAGAAACGAGAACUUGUGGAGAAGGAGAAGAAACCAGAGCAGUGAAGCGGUCUAGAUGUGUGUUUAAUUGGUUUCGCAGUAUUUUAGCAGAUUUGUGUGUUUUUUAUUAUUUUUACUUAAACAUUCCUGUUUUCUCAUCACAGUCAAAGCCUUGAAACUUACUUGAAACACCUGCUUAUUCAGUAUUACAUUUACAUAAAUAAAGCAUUUUAUUUCUCA